AUGGGAGCCUCGUACGGGAAGAAGGAGAGUGAAGGUGUUUCAAGAAAGACCUGUCCAGAGCCGGUUCCUGACCCUUGCCCAGUCCACCAGGAGGCUGCUGAAGACCUCAUCAAACCCAGAAGACUCCAAAAUCCGAUCAAGAACUCCAGAACCCACCAGCAAGUCCACCGAGAGCUCAUAUGGACUCGCCAACGAGGGGAUAAACCAGAGCUCCAAAAAGUUCUAGAAUCCAGAAGAAGAGACCAGAUGAUCCGUCAAAGAAAACAAGAAGAGGAAGCGCAAAGAAAAAUUACUCCCCUCGAGACACAGCUGAAGAAGAGAAGGCAGAGACUGGAGGAGCUACAAUCACAGGAAGGGAAGCUUCAGCAGGAGGCGCUAACAGCUCCAGAGUUUCUGAAGGUCAGAGAAAACCUGCGACGGAUACCUGUGCACAGGAAGGACGUUGAUUCCUAAAGAAGGGUUUGAAUGACUCAACUAAACUC